GCAUAUUAUAGAAAAGAAAACCCACACAUAGUACUAGCUAGAGACAAAUCCAGAGGCCGCAAUAAUAAAAAAGAAGUAGAGGAGCCAAACCACUUGGUUGCUCCUCCAUGCUCACACAGAGCCAUUUCCAUGCAUCCGCCACUCCGAUCCUUAGCUUCCUCUCCAUACCUCAGCACGUCUUGCUCGCGCAUUAUAACUCUCGCUUUCUCCCUCCGGCCUGCCCCCCCUCCCGAUUGCUUCCCCCCAUCCUCCAUCACGGACCGCGCGCAGCCGGCCAUCUCCUCUCAUUAUAUAUAGAUCUCUGCUCUCUGCAACCGCCACUCACCUGCCAUAAAGUAGCAGCAGCUACUCUAGCUAGCUAGUCGCCGAGCUCGAUCUCUAGCUGCAUCUUCUACUUGCUUCCACUCCACUAGCUAGCUAGAUAUUCGAUAUAUAUAAUCAGGGUUGAGUAUGUCGAGCAGCCGCAGGUCACGCACGCGGCGUGCGGGGAGCUCGCUGUCGUCGUCGUCGUCGUCGAGGUCCAUCUCGGAGGACCAGAUCUCGGAGCUCCUGUCCAAGCUUCAGGCGCUGCUCCCAGAGUCUCAAACUCGCAAUGGCGCGCAUAGGGGCUCGGCGGCGAGGGUGCUGCAGGAUACAUGCAGCUACAUCAGGAGCCUGCACCAGGAGGUGGACAACCUCAGCGAGACGCUCGCCGAGCUGCUCUCCUCCGCCGACGUCACCAGCGACCAGGCCGCCAUCAUCAGGAGCCUCCUCAUGUGAUGUGAUCUCAUCUCCUCCGGCGGCAAAGCUCGGUGCGCGCGCAUGCACGGCCGCUCGCUCGUUAGAUCUCCAGGCGUGCCUAGCUAGCUAGCUACCGUAACUUCUCGCAACUGCUCAUUAGCUGCGCCCAGGCGCUGUACGUCUAGCUACUACGGAGUACUGCUCAAGUACAUCUGUAGCUAGAGAGCUAUGCUCAUUAUUAGCAGCUUAUAGCAGCACUGUGUGAUUCUUGUACUUUGAUGUAAGCUUGCAUUGUGGUCAUCGUCUCUAGCUCGCUCGCGAUUGCUUUGGCUGUUAAUCCCAGUUGGAUGUGAGAGGUUUUGCUAAUAAUGGGAGACCGACAAACAAGCAAGAUGUGUUUCAAUUAUAGAAUUAUAAGAUAAGAUAUACAUGCUACUACUAA